CGACGCCCACAAAAUGAAUAUCAGACCGGCCAGAGUCGAGGAUGAGAUGGGCAUGCAGGCCUGCAAUCUGCAGAAUCUGCCCGAGAACUACACGAUGAAGUACUACCUCUACCAUGGCUUGACCUGGCCCGGUCUGUCCUAUGUGGCUGAAGACCACAAGGGUCGCAUCGUGGGGUACAUCCUCGCGAAGAUGGAAGAAGACGUCCCCGAGGGCGAGCACCCUCACGGGCACGUCACUUCCAUCUCCGUCUUGCGCUCCUACCGCCGGCUCGGACUCGCGAAGAAGCUCAUGAUACAAUCUCAGGAAGCCAUGUCCUCAAUAUACGGCGCCGCCUACGUCUCCCUGCACGUCCGAAAAUCGAAUCGCGCCGCCCUUGGCCUUUACCGUGACACUCUCGGCUUCACGGUCAAGGAUAUCGAGAAGGGAUACUACGCGGACGGCGAGGACGCGUACGCGAUGAAGCUGAUGCUAACGCCCCGCUGAACAUCGAACGUACAAGUGUAUCCAAAAUAGACAUAAAAUACAGAAAAAGAUGUCAU